AUGCAGGUCCCAAGUGUAACUCUGGAUGACCUCAAAGCCUUCCAAUUUAAGCACUUCCCUGGGCAACAGCUGGCUGUGUUUCCCCAAGAAAAUGACCAGACCACAGACGACGAUCUCGGAUACUAUCCAGACGGAGUGAAGCGUACGCUCACAGAUGAGCAGAUUCGGAUCUUCAGACACAGUGAAGUUCAUGCUCUUCUGCGAGCGAGGCAGCUCCAGAACGAUGAGGCGCAAUACCAAGCUCGGAUGCAGUCAUCUAUAGAUGAUGGAUCAAAGGGUAAACUAGAUACUGUACCUGAAAAGCGACCUCUCGACACAGAAUCUCAGAUGCAAGGCGGUGAUCAGAAGCGGCUGCAGUCCCAGAAGGGGUCUAAGCAACACACCCCAGAAGACACGUCUUCUAAGCUGGACUACGGGGAUGACUCUGAUCAAACACAAAUGGCAAAGCCACCGGUGUCACAGACGCCAUACCAAGGUCGCAGGAUUAUCUCCUACAAUGACUGA